GAGAGAGAGAGAGGGAGAGGGAGAGAGAUUUUCCCUCUCUUUUCUUCCCAACUACCGAUCGACACAGUGGCUAUUGCUGAGAAAACAAGGAGAGACAGGGGUACAGCGAUGUUUGAGGCGUUGUCAUUCCUUCUUCUGCUCCUCCCUCUGGCGACGUCCGUCCCGCCCCCUUUCGGGGCCCCUCCCAGAGCAUGCCAUCGCUGCUGCGACCAUCUGGAUCCUCUAGAGGGCGCUCCUGCCCGAAACCAGAUGCCCGAGAUACGCCCAAUCAUCAACAUGACCAUCCUGAAAGGGGAGAAGGGCGACCGUGGCGAUAAGGGGACACCUGGGAAGGCUGGGGCAGAAGGACUGCCGGGAUCUCGGGGCCCUAUGGGUCCUAAAGGUACCAAAGGACAAGCCGGUGCCCCGGGAGAUGCCUGCAAGAUUCAGCACUCCGCUUUCUCCGUGGGUCGACGGAAGGCCCUGCACAGCGUGGACUACUACCAAGCGCUGGUGUUCGACACCGUCUUCGUCAACCUCCACGAGCACUUCAACAUGUUCAAGGGCAAGUUCUACUGCCAGGUCCCGGGCGUCUACUUCUUCAACGUCAACAUCCACACCUGGAACUUCAAGGAGACCUACCUGCACAUCAUGCAGAACGACCGGGAGAUGGUGAUCGUGUACGCGCAGCCCAGCGAGCGGAGCAUCAUGCAGAGCCAGAGCAUCAUGCUCUCCCUGGGGCGGGACGACGAGGUGUGGGUGCGCCUCUACAAGCGCGAGCGCGAGAACGCCGUGUACAGCGACGGCGUGGACGUCUACAUCACCUUCAACGGCUACAUCAUCAUGCCCAGCCCGGAGUGA